AUGCAAUCAUAUUUUUGCUCAAGCGACGAUGAUAGCAACAACAGUAGACGAAUUUCAACACUUUCCUUCAACAAAACUAUUGCACAUUACAAUUGUGCCACAUUUUCAUCAUCUAUAGCCUAUUAUUUCGUUGAUCCUUCUAAAAUAUUUUUACCAUUUGGAGCUCUACAUAAUCUUUUUGAGAUGGCAAUAUUGAUUUCAUUUUUGACAGGCGGACGAAUCAAAAAUCCGAGACUAAUAUUGGAUGUUGCACUUGUGGUAGAAUUUACUAGAAUAUAUCUGAAUACAAAAUACUACAUAAAGAAUUAUGAACAACAAGAUUUGAAUCCUGAUAGUAAUGAUGAUAUCGAGGAAUUGGCUGAAAAUCACGAAAGUUAUUAUGGUGUCGAGAUCCCUUCUAUGGGACUUUUUUCAAUAGUUAUAACCGCUAUUGGAACGAUCAUUGGCUACAUUGUAGCUUUUAGAAAUGGUCCUAAAGAUGAAAAACAUCUUUCAUUAUUUUAUACCGUUGAUUCACAUAAUAAUGAGGUGCAAGAACCAAUUCCAACCAUUACAUUCAAUCGAAUUAUUGUCUUAUACAAUUUCGCGACGUUUGGAUCUGCGUUAAUCAUCAUACUCGCUAUUAUUUCCGGUGGCAAAUUCAGUAGUGUAGUAGAAUAUAUUUUGCCUAUUCUAUACGUUCUUAUUUUUGGUGGUAUUUCUAUAUUUGCUGAAUUUCCAUUUGACGCUUCAUUCUUUAAAUUUCAAGGAUUGAUUCUCGAUUUCGCGUUACCAAUUAUCUUUAUGAAUAUAUAUUUGAACACUAGACGUAAUCUUCACAAUGAUCCUAAUUAUUCAUACAGCCGUAGUGGCGGAGGCAGUUAUGCGGCAGUGUCAGAAGAAGAAGAACAACUUUUAGGGGAGGAAUCAAGCGAAGACAAUACUCGACAACACCGGCAACAAGUAGAAAUACCAGUUGGAAAACAACCCGUUCGUGACGAGCCAAGUUACAAAAAUGACACAAUAAACCAUCCUUGUCAAUUAUUAUUGUUGGUUGUGGCUUCUUUAACUCACGUUCUUGGAAAUUUCGUUCUAACACUUGUUCCAUUCAAAAUUAUUACGCAAGUAUUUUUAUCCAUUAUCUUUUAA